CGCGCCGACGACGGGUCAGAACCUUCUGGAACGAAGGUCUGGAGUCCGCACCCUGCAGCAGGAUGUCUGCUCUUUCCUGGAAGCCCAGCCUGCGGCACAGCGUGUCAGAGUGGCUCAGCAACAACCAGCAGCUGGCCGCCACUGCGCAACACGAGCGACACGUUUCCCAGCAGGUCCGGCAGGAGGGCCGGACGCUGCGCAACGAGACCCACUGCAAGACGGUGUGGGAUGAGGGCGACACGUCUCGCAGGCUCAGCGAUCGGAUCUGGGACGUUUCCCGGUGGAGAGACGUCCUGGAAAUCUGCGCACAGAAAGUGGACGAGGAGAUGGAGGCUCUGACUUUGUCCAAAGAGCGGAGCGAGCUGGCCCUGGCCGCCACCUCCGUCCCCCUGGAGGUCACCAACGAGUGCCUGACGCUGAGGGAGGGUCGGCGCGGCUACGAGCUGGUCAGCGACCCGGUGGAGGAGCAGCUGAAGCAGGAGGUGGAGCUGAUCGAAGGCGUGCAGCAGCGUCUGCAGCGCAGCGUCGACCAGGCCUUCGAGCAGCUGGGCAUCCUGCAGGAGAUCCGACACCAGCUGACCUCUGACCUCCAGAACAAGAUGGAAGCUGUGGACAUCGACACAUCCUGCCUGUCCCUCACAAUAAAGUCACAGAGCAUCUCCCUGAAGACGAACCCGACCCGGAUACCGUCAGGUUCCUCCUCCCCCCAGCAGUGGGCCCAGUUCAGCCAGUAUAACGUGGCGCGAGCCCGCGAGGCCGUCCUCGUUUCCCAGCAAAUGAGGGAGAACAUGAGCCUCAGCAGAGCGCAGGUCCAGAAUGAGUUGGAGGCUCAGCGCCGAGCCGCAGAGUUCGCUCUCCGUAAGCGGAAGCACCACGAGGAGCAGGCCAGAGAUGAGCUGCAGUGGCAAAUCAAAACCACUGAGGAUGAAAUGGCAGCCAUGGAGGGCGACAUCCGUGGGCUGGACGCAGACCUGCAGGCCAAGAUGGCCUCCCUGAAGCUGGCUCACACCCGGCUGGAGGCCAGGACCCGCAGGUCCGGCAUGGAUCUGUGCCGAGACGAGGUGCAGCACGGCCUCGUUGCUGAGGUCCAGCAGCUGGAAUCCACCAUCCAGGCCCUGAAGCAGAAGCUGUCAGACGCUCAACUCUCUCUGCAGAAGAUGACGCUCCACCACAGCUGCAUGUGCCAGGAUCUCUCCAGAAAGCAGGAAGCCCUGUCUCUGGAAGAGCGCAGCAUGCAGUGCAGGACCCGCAUCACAUCUCAGUCCGGCUCCGGCCGGACCGCGGUGCCGCUGGUUCCACUUGUGAACUCCAGCGGGAGAAGCAACCUUCAGCUGCUGGCCCAGUGAGCAGACACCUCCACUCCAGUCCAGAUCUGCGCCGGUCGGCUUGGCAACACGGCGGAGUAGCUCUCUUACUUUCAAUCAGUUUUUAUUUUUCCAUUUUUGAAAUUUGCUUUUUUUUUUUGGAUAAUGGUUCCUUCUGGUUUUGGAUGCUGUGCACCUGGAUUGAUUUUUGAUAAUACUUUGCUAAUUUGUUCUGAUGCAUAACCAUAGCAACAAGGUGGUUUACAACCGGGAGCUGCUGAUUAACAUGGCAAAAGCUGAAAUAAUACCACAACUGAAGACAAAAUCCCAGAGGAUUUGAAAAGGAGACGUCGGGCGUGCUGUGGUGGCGUAGGGGACAGCGUGACCCA